GGUUCUCUUUGUUGUUGGUGAUGACAUGAAAAUAUUUGUUGUUACUGGAAGGCGAGGGGAAAGAGUGCAAGGAGGGCCGGUGACUACAGACUUUUUUCGGCAAUUAGGAAAUAAAUUAUAGCCUUAGUUGUUUACUUUUUAACCUCAAAUCAUUACGGCGGCAUUAACAGCGGCGAUGUCGGUAAACAUGGACGAACUCAGGCAUCAAGUAAUGAUCAAUCAGUUUGUUUUGACUGCCGGUUGUGCCGCUGAUCAAGCUAAGCAGCUUCUCCAAGCGGCGCAUUGGCAAUUCGAGACUGCCUUGAGCUCCUUCUUCCAGGAGACGAACAUCCCUGGCCACCAUCACCAGAUGAUGGUCACUCCUCGGAACCGCCCGGCCGCCCCGCCUUCGGGCGCCAUCGCCAUGUUCGCCGGCUCGUCGUCGUCCUGCUCCUCGUCCUCGUCCUCGUCCCUGCUCCACCCGCGCCACAAGGUGGCGCGUGUUAUGGCCUGCUCUCCUCCCACCGGGGGCUUCUUCUGGGCCUCGUCCCCCCCAGGGAACCACCCGCAGCCCGCCUGGCUAGCCCCGGCCUCCCCUCACCCGCACCACACACACACACACACACAUCACCGCCACCAGCAGCCGUCGUGGCCGCCGGUCAGCCAGCCGGGACCUGCGCAGGCCGUGCCAAUCAUGUCUGCACUGCACGGCCAGCGAUGA